AUGCCUUUACCUGUUACAGAAAACAUUUGGGAAGAUUUAUCCAUGGAUUUUGUGCUUGGAUUACCUGGAACACAAAGAGGCAUGGAUUCUGCUUUUGUUGUUGUUGAUAGGUUUUCUAAGAUGGCACAUUUUAUCCCUUGCAAGAAGACUUCAAAUGCAAGCAAAAUAGCCAAAUUAUUUUUCAAGGAGGUUGUUCGUCUAAAUGGUGUGCCUAAAACCAUCACUUCAGAUCGAGACAGCAAGUUUCUUGGCCAUAUUUGGAGGACUGUGUGGAAGAUGUUUAAUUUAUCCUUGAAUUAUAGUAGCACAGCUCAUUUACAAACUAAUGGUCAAACUGAAUCACAAGUUCUUAUCCUUAUGUUUAAUAGAUUUCAUGGUCCCCUGGAUGACUCGAUAGUUACACCUUCUUUUCAGUCAUUGCGAAUAAUCGAUCUCUCUCAAAAUGAGUUUAGUGGCCUCUUGCCAACAAAUUUCUUCCAAAAUCUACAUGCUAUGAAAUUUACCCGAAAAGGUAAUCUUGCAGACGUACUCACAAGAAUUCGUUAUGAAAGUCCAAUCGAUAAAGACGAUCAAACUUCUGUCAAUGUGAGAUUUAAAAGGUUAGAGAUGAAGCUAGAGCUGGCAAAAACAUUACUCAUUUUCUUUGCCAUAGAUUUUUCAAACAAUCGAUUCUUUGGAAAAAUCCUUGGGGUUAUUGGAGAGCUUUGCUCAUUGCGAUUGCUCAGCCUCUCUCACAGCAUCUUAACCGGUCAUAUCCCAUCAUCGUUGGGGAACUUGGUAGUGCUUGAAUCAUUAGAUCUCUCAUCAAACAAGCUUGCCAACAGAAUUCCUUCCCAAAUGACAAACUUGACAUUUCUUGAAGUGCUAAAUGUUUCGAAAAAUAAUCUUGCGGGACCCAUUCCCCAUGGGAAGCAAUUUGACACUUUUGAUAAUGAUUCCUUUAGUGGCAACAUGGGAUUGUGUGGCUUGCCAUUGUCAAAGCAAUGCGGUAACGAUGAGAGAUCAAAAUCUCCUGCACUAAGGUUUAUGGAAGAUGAAGGUUCUGCAAUAACUUUCAUUUGGAAACUUGGAAUGAUGGGUUACGGAUGUGGAGUGGUGCUAGGCUUGAGCACGGGAUACGUUGUGUUCACAACUGGAAGACCAUGGUGGUUGGUAAGAAUGGUUGAGAGAGAUUGGCAAAAGAAUGUUUCACAGUGGAUUGAAAGAAGAAGAAACUAG